CUCCUGCUUGGGAGGCAGAUUCUUUACCACUGAACCACAAGGGAAGCUGCUAAAUUCCUGUUGAUUGAACGAAUGAGUAAGUGGGUCCCUGGGCCCCGCUGCAGACUUCUCUCACUGGCUUGUUUUUCUCCUCCUCCCAGUUUGCCCCGGGCCCCAGCCUUGCCUGGACACCCUGGCGCUGCCCGGUGCGUGACGCCAUGGGCCUGCGGCUCCCGAUCCUGCUGCUCCUGCUGUGCUGUGUCUCCGGCCUGCCUUUCUACAACGGCUUCUACUACUCCAACCGUCCCAACGGCCGGAACCUGGCCAAUGGCUACAGCGAAGGCAUCUUCAGUGGAGUGAAGCUGGUGGUAGAGACGCCGGAGGAGACCCUGUUCUCCCACCGAGGUGCCAACGUGACCCUGCCCUGCCGCUACCACUACGAGCCGGCCCUGGCCUCUCCGCGGCCCGUGCGCAUCAAAUGGUGGAAGCUGUCGGAGAAUGGGGUCCCGGAGCAGGACGUGCUGGUGGCCAUUGGGCUGAGACAGCGCACCUUUGGGGACUACCGAGGCCGGGUGUACCUGCGGCAGGACAGAGCGCGGGAAGUGUCGCUAGAGAUCCGGGACCUGCGGCUGGAGGACUAUGGGCGCUACCGCUGUGAGGUCAUCGAUGGGCUGGAGGAUGAGAGCGGCCUGGUAGAGUUGGAGCUUCGGGGUGUGGUCUUUCCUUACCAGCACCCCCAAGGGCGCUACAAGUUCAACUUCCAUGAAGCCCAGCAGGCCUGUGAGGAGCAGGACGCGGUGGUGGCCUCCUUCGAGCAGCUGUUCCGGGCCUGGGAGGAGGGCCUGGACUGGUGCAACGCAGGCUGGCUGCAGGACGCCUCAGUGCAGUACCCCAUCACGCAGGCCCGGCACCCCUGUGGAGGCCUGGGCCUGGCCCCCGGUGUGCGCAGCUACGGCCCGCGCCACCGCCGCCUGCACCGCUACGACGUCUUCUGCUUCGCUGUUGCCCUCAGGGGGCAGGUGUACUACCUGGAGCACCCUGAGAAGCUGACGCUGACAGAGGCAAGGGAGGCCUGCCGGGAAGACGGCGCUCAGAUCGCGAAGGUGGGCCAGCUCUAUGCCGCCUGGAAGUUCCGUGGCCUGGACCGCUGCGAUGCUGGCUGGCUGGCAGAUGGCAGUGCCCGCUACCCUGUGGCUCACCCACGUUCCAACUGUGGGACCCUGGAGCCUGGGGUCCGAAGCUUUGGCUUCCCAGACCCACACAGCCGCAAGUAUGGUGUCUAUUGCUACCGGCCGCGCUAGCGCCAGGGUCUCAGCUCUGUUCCCGCCCCUGCCCCCUCCCCUUGCGGGCUGUAUUUAUUGAGUAGUUCAUAUUCCCUUGCAGGUUGGGGCAAUUUUCAUCUUGGUUUUAUACUUUCCAACUUAAAAUUUUUUUAAAUAUUAUUUUUUGGGUAAAUCCCACAGAUCCCAAAUCAUCCCUUUACUCAGGUGGACACCCAAAGGCUCUCACCCUCCCUGAAUCCUCCUGCCUGGCUCCUCCGGGAUGUUUGAGGUCCUUGGGCUCAUGAGAGCUCUCUGCCAUCGCUGAGUCCAUCCCCUCUCCUGGCCCUGGGGAGGCUGCUCUCAGAGCCAGCAGUAGCAGGGGCUCCCAGAGGAGCCAGGGCUGCGACCUGUCCUCUGCCUCUGCCUGGGGAUGAGAGGGCAGCCGGGGGGCUCUGGAGCUGGGGUUCGGGCCUGGUUGUCUCCUGCCCCUCGUACUUCUUUGGGGAGCAGCUGGCCCGCGUCAGCACGACAGAGGAGCCUGGGCAGGAAGCGGGUCCCUGGGCUUCCAUGUGACGUCCCAGGGAAGGAAGAGAGUUCCCUCCCCAUAUUUUCCUUCUCUCUUGGCUCCAAAGAGUCCGUGUUUUGUUCUCAUUUUCCCCUGUUUGGUGAGUGGCCCUCGGGUCUGUGUACUAUUUUGGACAAUAAAUGGUGCUGUGACCCCUCCCUCCAUCC